AUGUGGCAGUUGCACGUAGACAGAGCGUCAAAUCACAAGGGAGAUGGAGCAUGCGUGGUCAUAAUCACCCCAAAUGGAACUUUGUUGGAGCAAGUCAUCACAUUGGGUUUUCCAGCCUCAAACAACGAAGUAGAGUACAAGACAUUGCUCAUUGGACGAAGCGGAGUUGUCAAGGUUGGUCAUCUAUUUAAAUUCCCAGCUCAUCACCAAUCAAGCUUCAGGAGAGUACAUGGAAAACACCGGAGUAUGAUCCAGUAUCUUGAUAAAGUCCAAGAGCUUUUGAAGGCAUUCUCUACCUUCACCAUCCGAAAAGUUCCCCAGCUUGAAGAAGCGAUUCAUGUUGUCAAAGCAAAUGAUAGCACGGUAGACGUUUGGAGUACACUAAUUAAGAGCACACCCCAUGGCAUGGAACACCCUCUUGAAGAACCGCGACAUCAGGAAUCAGAAGCCCAAAGAGAAGUAGAACGGGUAGAAUGUGAUGAUCCUUGCAUCCAAAUCGUUCGAGUCCGUAAAAGCCACAUGGUCCGUUGA